GGCCCAGCAGUUUCCAAACAGAUCAAGACCAUGGCAAUCCUCAGGUCCCUGCUGCUGCCACUGGGGCUGUUUCUGUGCCUUGGACUGCUGUGUUCUCCUGCCAGCUGUAUAAAUCACAAUGACAACUGCACGUUCUUCAGUAAGGUCAUUGACACCACUUACUCAGGAAUCCAUGCCAACCCGAACGUCUAUAAAAGCAAUACAGUCUACACAGUGUCAGUUCCUGUGAAUAACAGUAUUAGCUCUGUGGUCCUGCGAGCAAUGGACCAGCACGACUCAGUCAUUGGCUCCUGGCAAAAAGCUGACAAGUAUGGCAACGGCAGCGUCUUGUACCACAUGAAGAGCCCAUACAGCAAGCUCUUCGAGGCAAAAUGGGUAUCUCCUAGUUCCAUGAACAUAACUGCAGUCGAGCUACACCCGACCCACAAACUAACCACAACCCCGACCCACAAACUAAACACAACCCCGACCCACAAACUAAACACAACCCCGACCCACAAACUAACCACAACCCACAAACUAACCACAACCCCGACCCACAAACUAACCACAACCCACAAACUAACCACAACCCCGACCCACAAACUAACCACAACCCCGACCCACAAACUAACCACAACUCCAACCCACAAACUAACCACAACCCACAAGCUAACCACAACCCAAACCACAGCCAAAAGCUCGGCCAACAGAGCCUUCCUCAGCCCCAUGAGAGAUGUCAUUCAGAUCCUGCUCAUCUUUCUCACCAGCAAACUCCUCUUCUAGAAGGAAGCUGGGGGAACAAUUGCUUCUGCCUCCACUGCAUCCUUCUAUGUUCAGUCCCAAGCCAGGGCUCUGACCUGUGUGAAUGAAGACUCUGCGUUCUCAGAGGUACAACUCUACUGCCACUGCUUCAGACCCAAACGGAGACCAGAGGGUCACUUAGUGAAGGGUAGCCAGUCUGCUCACUGCUGUUCAACUGGAUCUCUCAGGACACAAAUUAGGCUUUUUGUAACCUGGUCUGGGUGUAACUUGGAAUUCUGGCUCUUAAUUUAACAUGUCGACAGCCAAUUCCGCAGUCAAUCUAAACUUUUGUUUAGAUGCAACACCAGUAGUAUUUGAAGGGAAAGAAAAGAAUGUACCAUGUCUGAGUAGCCAAGGAGAGGGAAAGAUUAUGGUAUAAAGGCAUUAUUUUCUGUCAUACCAAAUACGCUAUGCUUCAAGCAAGAAUAAUGAAUGUGUUAAAUUCAAAUAUGUCUUUAAUGAGUGAUUAACUUAAAAUACAGAAAAUGUCGUCUAAUUUUAUUCAUUUAUGUGAGCAUUAA